CCGCGGCGGCACUCCGCUGGGCCCGGGACGAGCCGGCGGCGGCGAGAUAGUAGGGCUGCGGUGCCGUCAGCCUGCCUCUCUCUCACAGUCCGGCUGCCGCGCGUCGCCCGCACACGCGCCGCCAUGGGCUCCUGAGGUCCCUGCUGUGUGUCUGGCACUGUGCCAGGCCUACAGAGAGAUGACUCAGGUGUGGGGAGACGGGAACACUGUCAGAACAAACCUCAUGGAGCGAGCACGGUGCGGCUGGGCGGGAGUGAGUGGGCCGGCCCUCGGUGAGGCCGUGACGUUGAGGAUGACCUGCCAGCUCAUCGCUUACCCCGAGGGUUUCUCUCAGGAAGCCCCCUGCUGCCGGGCACCAUGACUGUGAGGGGGGCCGCACUGGCCCCAGAUCCAGUGUCGCCCACAACAGCAGCAGCCUCGCCCAGUGUCUCCGUGAUGCCCGAAGGCAGCCCCACGGCCAUGGAGCAGCCCGUGUUCCUGAUGACAACCGCAGCUCAGGCCAUCUCUGGCUUCUUCGUUUGGACGGCCCUGCUCAUCACCUGCCACCAGAUCUACAUGCACCUGCGCUGCUAUAGCUGCCCCAACGAGCAGCGCUACAUCGUCCGCAUCCUCUUCAUCGUGCCCAUCUACGCCUUCGACUCCUGGCUCAGCCUCCUCUUCUUCACCAACGACCAGUACUACGUGUACUUCGGCACCGUGCGCGACUGCUACGAGGCCUUGGUCAUCUAUAAUUUCCUGAGCCUGUGCUAUGAAUACCUUGGGGGGGAAAGUUCCAUCAUGUCAGAGAUCAGAGGGAAGCCCAUCGAGUCCAGCUGUAUGUAUGGCACAUGCUGCCUCUGGGGAAAGACUUACUCCAUCGGAUUUCUGCGGUUCUGCAAGCAGGCCACCCUGCAGUUCUGCGUGGUGAAGCCGCUCAUGGCUGUCAGCACCGUGGUCCUCCAGGCCUUCGGCAAGUACCGAGACGGUGACUUUGACGUCACCAGUGGCUACCUCUACGUGACCAUCAUCUACAACAUCUCCGUCAGCCUGGCCCUCUAUGCCCUCUUCCUCUUCUACUUUGCCACCCGGGAGCUGCUCAGCCCUUACAGCCCCGUCCUCAAGUUCUUCAUGGUCAAGUCUGUCAUCUUCCUCUCCUUCUGGCAAGGCAUGCUCCUGGCCAUCCUGGAGAAGUGCGGGGCCAUCCCCAAGAUCCACUCGGCCCGCGUGUCGGUGGGUGAGGGCACCGUGGCUGCUGGCUACCAGGACUUCAUCAUCUGUGUGGAGAUGUUCUUUGCAGCUCUGGCCCUGCGGCACGCCUUCACCUACAAGGUCUAUGCUGACAAGAGGCUGGACGCACAAGUGCCGACAUACGGCCCUUACGGCCGCUGCGCCCCCAUGAAGAGCAUCUCCAGCAGCCUCAAGGAGACCAUGAACCCGCACGACAUCGUGCAGGACGCCAUCCACAACUUCUCGCCCGCCUACCAGCAGUACACGCAGCAGUCCACCCUGGAGCCCGGGCCCACCUGGCGCGGGGGUGCCCACGGCCUCUCGCGCUCCCACAGCCUCACUGGCGCCCGGGACAACGAGAAGACUCUGCUGCUGAGCUCUGAUGACGAGUUCUAGGUGCGGCUGCUGGCGGGGAAGGACUGGGACCUUGGCCAGGGCAGGGUGUGCCCCUCCUCCAGCCUCACGUCCAGGCUGGGAGGCAGGCUGGCUCAGCUUCGGCAGUGCCCUUUAAUUUAUUGGACCAGAAACACAUAUCGCUUCAAGAGGAACAGCCAGAUGCUGUCUGCCCAGAGGAUGGCCCAGGCUCACCCAGGAGCCUUCAGGAAUAUUUAUACAAGGCCAAGGCUCUACUGCCUGGACGACGGGCAGAGGACAGUGGGAGCGACUCCCAUGCCCCUGCGGCUCGUCCUUUGGCGGCAGCAUGUUGGGACCAGCCGUGCCCAGGCCCAGACGCUUGUGUUGUGGACCAGCGGCUGCAGCCUUCUCAGCCCCUCCCCCACAAGACGUACAGCCCCUCCCCCAAACACCGUGCAAUACUCUGACCCGGGCUCUCCCUCCCGCCUGCUCCCUCCCCUGUCCCCUUGUCUGAUGCUAGAUUAGCCUCCCCCUGGGCAGGAGGAGGGAGGAGGGAACACGGAUGCUCUCUGUGGACCUUCCUCCUGACCCAGGCCUAACUGGCAUGCUGCAGGGAUCAGAGCCAGACACCAAGAGCCACGGGUCCCACCUCAGAAGGGUGCUCAGGCGCAUCUGGGCUCCUGAGUGUCCUCUCUGCGGCUGCACCUUCUGCCUGCCUCAUGCCCCUUCCUCCUGGCCUGCUGAAGACAGCCAGCCGCCCACACUGCCCUCCCACUUGCGGUCUUUCCUCUUGAGAGCAUUUUGGGUAGAGCCCUUGCUUCCCAGCUACUCAAAGGGUCAGGGGUUCCCACCCCUCCUUCCCAGGCUGAGCAGUCAGCACCUCUGCUGGAUCCUGGUCUCCCUGGGGCUGCUCCCUCCUGUUUCCUGGGGAGGGUCUGGUCUCCGCAUUUCAGACCAGCUUCCAGCUUCCAGAGGAGCACAGUCCUUCGGGAGGGAGGAGGGAGGGAUGGGGCAUGUGGCGGGGAGCCAGGAGAUGGGGGACUCCUCUCUCUGGCCCCGUAUCUGAACAGGGCCUGGUGUCCUGCCUCGUCUGGCCCCAAGGCCCAUCUCUUCUGUGCCUUAGUCACAUAUGAAAGCUCCCCCUCACUAGGCCCUCAGCCUGUCCCAGACACUCCCUGGGGGCCCCCUGUUAAGCUGCUGGCGCUCAGAGGAUCCUGCAGUGCUGGGCCAAGUGCCCUUGGACAGGCCUCAGGGGUGGCCAGGACCACCAGUCCCCUCCCCCUCCCCCACCUCCAUGCCCAUAUCAUGGAGCCUCCUGGGGCCAGAGCCCCCAGGCAGGCCGGGCUUACACUGGCCACUGUCUUCGGAAGAGCCUUGUGAUGGGACACAAUGCACGUUCGUACAGGCAGAGUGUUCUGUCACUUGAAACCCAGAGAGCACAUGGGUUUGGGCUGCAACAGCCUGGAGGAGGGGGCAGAGUGGGGGAGGAGGGCCCUGUCCUGUGGGAGCAGAACUUUGCUGUGGCAUCUCUCCUUCUGGCCGCUCUUGGACUGAACUGUACCAAGGUCGGGAGGGGGGUUCCAUCACAGUAGUCUUCCCCGGCCUCCUUCAGUGACCAAGCCAGCCCUGCAGGUGGGGGCGCACAGAGGCCUGCAUGUCUGGUACCGGAGGCCAGCUCUCGGGCCCCUGGUGGGCCUGGCCAGUGGUGGCAGGCUAUGCAGGAGGCAGCAGGUCGGUGCAGGCCGUCCCAGGAGGACCUCUGUCCGCCCCCACCAUCUGCUCUCAUGAAUCUGUUUCUCUGAUUCUCCUUCCAGGCCAAAGUGUGCUGCUGACUCCCUGCCCCAUUGGUCUUUGCCUACCCUGCUACCUGCCCGCUGGCAUGGUGGAUGCGGGGCUCCGUGGCAGGGAGCUAGCAGCCCCUGGGGGGAUGGGGGCGGGGAACGUGUGCCCAACCACUCCACCCCUCCUUCCUAGGAUGUGUAAUCUGCCUUGUCUUUUUAUUUUUUAUUUUUUUGUUAAUUUUUUUCCCCAAUAGAGUAGCUCUUUGUACAUAAAAAAUACUUGAAAAAUUAAUUGUAUGAUGUAUGAGAAGACAGAGUCCCCUAGUUUUGUAUCUCGUGUAUGACUGCCAUGAGUACCACCAGAAAGCCGCUCUAUUUUGGUCUCUGUGACAUUUUAAAUGCGUGACAGAAGUGAGCAAAUACAGUGAGAAAGAAAUAUAUAUAUGAGAUAAUAUAGAUUGUAUUGAAAUCUC